CGAUGAACAUCAGAGACUUUCGUUCCCAGUAAAGUCUCCUCUUCUCGUACUAUCCGUAUCGGACACAGAACGUACACACCAGCUAAAAAGAGCCUCUCAACAACUGUAAGGCUUGAAUUGGGCUAUCCACCUCUGCUGUUAUCUCUACGGAGUUGUCCAUCAUGAUCCAAUUUCCUUUCUUCUCCACGCUUCUGCUUUUCUCCGCCACGACGGCCUUGACCGUUCUACCGUCUGAGUCUGGUUUCCGUCCAGAAACUUCCAUUUCACGGCGCGUCGUAUUGGCGACCCUGCUUGGAACUGCCGCGGCGACCCCGUUUGCGGCGCAAGUCGCCCACGCCGCGGACGACGAAGCGGUGUACUUUGGCGCCGGCUGCUUUUGGCACAUGCAGCACGAAUUCAUCCAGGCCGAACGGGAUCUGUUAGGCCGGGACCUCGAUACUCAGCUCUCCGCCACGGCGGGCUACGCCGGUGGGACCAAGACGGAUGGACAAGGACGUGUGUGCUACCACAAUUUUCAGAACGUGGCCGAUUACGGACGACUCGGACACGGAGAAGUGGUCGGAUUGACCUUGCCAUCGGACAAAAUUGCCGAAUUUGGGAAAGUCUACUUUUCCUUGCUGGAUCCGAAGACAAAAGACCGCGUCGAUCCCAUGGACCGGGGAGCGGAAUACCGUUCACUUUUGGGUUUGCCGGGUGGCACGUCUCACCCGGCUUAUCCCGGCAUUCAAGAGGCUGCCGAAGCCGCCGGCGUCACUUUGAAACGAGGCCAAGGCAACGAUGGUGAUACGCUCGGUAAGAAGCUCGUCUGGGUCUACGAUACGCAGACUUUUCCAUUCUACCAGGCCGAGGUGUAUCACCAAUAUCACAACGAUUUUCAAAGUGCCCCGUACGGCAAAGCCUACAACCAAAUGGGAAGCCAAGCCUUUGAGGACGGUCGUUUGAAGUUGACGGGUUGCCCGGAUCGGGUGUAG